AUGGCCUCCUUUUCAUCACAAGCUGCCUUGAACUCUGGGAUUCCAUUGUCCAAUAUUGAGCCUUUGAAUGGCUCAAACUUUAAAAAGUGGAAAGAACAUGUCGAGCUUUACUUAAGACUGCAAGGAAUUGAUAUUUGCUUGACUGAACCUCAACCUGAAAUUGAUGCUCAAAGUGAUGAGGCUUUGGUUGCUAAGAAUAGAGAGUGGUUACGAGCAAACAGAAUGGCCAAACUUAUCCUGAAACAUACCAUGUCGCCUAUUGUUAGAGGUAGUGUUGUCGAGCCUGAGAAUGCAUUGGAUUUUAUGACUGCAAUAGGGGAAAAAUUUACUGAAAAUGCUAAGGCUGAGAUUUCUCUAUUACUUGAUAAGCUGCUGAGCACUAAGUAUGAUUCAUCAGGGAGUAUAAGGGAGCAUAUUAUGAAAAUUAUCCAGAUCACAACUAGAUUGGCAAAUUUAGACAUUAUUUUUCCAGAUGCUUUCAUUGUUCACCUUGCCUUAAGAACCUACUUGCUAGUUUUGGGGCCUUGA